AUGGAUACGACAGCCGUAAUCAAGCUAAGCUGCCAGGCCGCUGAGAGCGUGCUGCGCUUUCGUGCCGUUGGCUUCACUCGCAGACCAACGAUCGAUCUACAGUCCUUUAGAGCUGCCAUUACCUCGCAAAUUGAGAAAGUCGCCAAAGAUCACCGUCACCGCUUUGAAGUUCCUCUGACCGAGGUCGCUAACUACGCAGGCAUUGGCGCCUCUCGUGCUGCCCAGCAAUGGAAUGACAUAUCUCACGAAGAGAACCAUGUUGCAGCCGAGUGGUUCCGCAACUGUGUUUGCAACCUUGUCAGCGGUGUGGUGAGCGACAUUGGACAGAUGGCUUUCGAGGACCAGGGCAUGAAUGCCUGCAUGUACCUCGAACCUGACGACUACGACCCUUUCGAUGUUCCCAGCUACGCAACAGCAGCGAUCAUCGGCAGCGUUUCGUCCUCGCCCUCAACCGAUGAGGACAACUACUACGGCUUCGAACCACCUCAGGCCCAUGAAAAUAGCCAUCAAUCACCGGCCAAUAGCACUCGAUUCAAGGAGAAUUGCACAGACGAUCUCCUUCCGCUUCGACACGAGAUUGAGAAAGGCUUCGCAUCGGUGGAGCGGAUGGCGGCAUCUCAAACGGACACCUCAGCUCGAGCCGAAUUCAUACAGAAUACAAAAUCCCUCCGCAGUAUUUGCGAGCCUGUUUACUCCGGUUCUUCGCAACAGAAAGUCCUCAAGCGCCCUGCCAAGCGAGCUCGCUUGGGUUCUUCGCCUUUGAAGCCGUUGCCACUCUCAGCUGGCCUGGUAGCACCGGCAAGCCACGACGUUCCCAGGGCGCAGCAGAAGUUCUGCUGGACGGAAGAGGAAGUCAAGAUCCUACUCGCUGAGAAGAAUGCUGGUCGGAAGUGGCAGGGAAUUGAGAAGUUGCUCCCUCGUCAUACCUUGAACUCUUGUCAGCGGAAGUGGCAGAUUCUCAAGAGCAAGGAUGCUAGUUUACAAGCCCCAGUAGAUGAUGUCAAUGGCGGCGAGAAGGACCAAAGUGACCAUUGCCAGACGGUCGACCAGUUGAAGGUGGGCGACCGAGAGGGAACCUCGGAGGCCAUCCCAGUUCAAGAAGAUGAGGACAAGCCAACGAGCGUCCCAACCAAAGAGAGCAACCAAUGCCAGGCCGAGAGCGCAGACCUCCGCGAUAAUGACAAGCCGCACCAUAUCGAGGCCGCAUUUUCCAGUGAUGUAAUGGAGGACGCUGGUGGAGUCUCUGCCGAGGACUCAACAACCAAGAACAAGAAGGAGAACAAUCUUCCGGAGUGA